AUGCCACCCCCCAACACCCCCGCAUCAUCCGACUCCCCCCCUCCGGGCUCAGUAAACAUCAACUCCCUCUCCGUGCCCCAACUCCGCGCGCUCCAAACCCGCCUAUCCUCCGAACUCGAACACCUGACGACCUCGCACGCGAAGCUGCGCGCCGCACAACUCAAAUUCAAAGAUUGCGUGCGCUCCAUCAACGAAGGUGUAAUUGGGUCUCAGAAGAAGGGCACCGAUGGAAAGGAGGAUAUCCUGGUGCCGUUGACGAGUUCGUUGUAUGUGAAGGGGAAGUUGGCGGAUCGGGAGAAGGUGCUUGUUGAUGUUGGGACGGGGUUUUAUGUUGAGAAGACUGCUGCCAAAGCUAUCGAGUUCUACGAAAAUAAGGUCAAGGAGCUGGAGACGAAUCUUACCGAGUUGGAGAAGAUUGUGCAGACGAAGAGUCAGCAGCAGAGGUUGUUUGAGGAUGCUUUGAGACAGAAGUUGCUGGCUGAGGGUGCUGGAUCUGCUGCUACUGCGUCUGCGGGUGCCGGUUGA